CCGGAUCCCGCCGCCCGGGGCCAUGGCCAAGGCGGGCCGUGCAGGUGGCCCUCCCCCGGGCGGUGGUACCCCCUGGCACCUUCGAAAUGUCCUCAGCGACUCAGUGGAGAGUUCUGAUGAUGAAUUCUUUGAUGCUAGAGAGGAGAUGGCUGAAGGGAAGAACGCCAUCCUCAUUGGGAUGAGCCAGUGGAAUUCAAAUGACCUGGUGGAACAGAUGGAGACCAUGGGGAAACUGGAGGAACAUCAAGGAGAAGGGAGCACGCCGUGCACAGCCAGCACCCUCCAGGAGAAGCAGCGAGAACUGUACCGGGUUUCCUUGAGAAGACAGAGGUUCCCAGCCCAGGGAAGCAUCGAGAUCCAUGAAGACAGUGAGGAAGGCUGCCCGCAGCGCUCCUGCAAGACACACGUCCUCCUGCUGGUGCUGCACGGGGGGAACAUCCUGGACACGGGCUCAGGGGACCCAUCCUGCAAGGUGGCCGACAUCCACACCUUCAGCUCCGUGCUGGAGAAGGUCACGCGUGCCCACUUCCCCGCAGCCCUGGGCCACAUCCUCAUCAAGUUCGUCUCCUGUCCUGCCAUCUGCUCUGAGGCUUUCUCACUUGUCUCCAACCUGAACCCCUACAGCCACGACGAGGGCUGUCUCAACACCAGCCAGGACCACGUCCCUCUGGCCGCCCUGCCCCUAUUGGCCAUCUCCUCCCCGCAGUACCAAGAUGCUGUUGCCACCGUCAUCGAGCGAGCCAACCAGGUCUACGCAGAGUUCCUCAAAUCCCCUGAUGGGAUUGGCUUCAGUGGGCAGGUGUGUCUCAUCGGGGACUGUGUGGGGGGCCUCCUGGCCUUCGACGCCAUCUGCUACAGCGCAGGGCCCGCGGGUGACAGUCCUGGCAGCUGCAGCCGGAAGGGGAGCAUCAGCAGCACCCAGGACACCCCAGUUGUGAUGGAGGAAGACUGCAGUCUGGCCGGCAGCAAGCGUCUCAGCAAAAGCAGCAUCGACGUCUCCAGCGUGUUGGAGGAUGAUGAGCCCAAGAGGCCAUUGCCACGGAAACAGAGUGACUCCUCCACCUAUGACUGCGAGGCCAUCACCCAGCAUCACACCUUCCUAUCAAGCAUCCACUCCAGCGUCCUGAAGGAUGAGGCCGAGCCCCCUGCGGCCGGAGGGCCCCAGCUCCCUGAGGUCAGCCUGGGCCGCUUGGAUUUUGAUGUGUCCGAUUUCUUCCUCUUCGGCUCGCCCCUGGGCCUGGUCCUGGCCAUGCGGAGGACGGUGCUGCCGGGGCUGGAUGGUUUCCAGGUACGUCCUGCCUGCAGCCAGCUCUACAGCUUCUUCCACUGUGCAGACCCCUCGGCCUCCCGGCUUGAGCCACUGCUGGAGCCCAAGUUCCACCUGGUGCCACCUGUCAGUGUGCCCCGUUACCAGAGGUUCCCACUGGGCGACGGACAGUCCCUCCUCCUCGCUGACGCCCUGCACACCCACGGCUCCCUCUUCCUGGAGGGCAGCUCCCGGGGCAGCCCGCCGCUCCUGGACGCCCCCACCUCGCCCCCUCCGGCCCCAAGAUCCCAGCGCCCUGGGAGGAGGAUGAGCCAGGGCAGCUCCCACAGCGAGAGCUCGGAGUCCUCGGACAGCCUGGCCCCCAUGGGCGCCUCCCGCAUCACAGCUAAAUGGUGGGGCACCAAGCGCAUCGACUAUGCCCUGUACUGCCCCGACGUCCUGACAGCCUUCCCCACCGUGGCCCUGCCCCACCUCUUCCACGCCAGCUACUGGGAGUCCACGGAUGUGGUGGCCUUCAUCCUGAGACAGGUGAUGCGCUAUGAGAGCGUGAACAUCAAGGAGAGCGCUGGCUUGGACCCCGCGGCACUGAGCCCUGCCAACCCCCGUGAGAAGUGGCUUCGUAAGAGGACCCAGGUCAAGCUGCGGAACGUCACUGCCAACCACAGGGCCAACGAUGUGAUUGCUGCGGAAGACGGCCCCCAGGUCCUGGUGGGACGCUUCAUGUACGGGCCCCUUGACAUGGUGGCUCUGACUGGAGAGAAGGUGGACAUCCUGGUGAUGGCAGAGCCGUCCUCUGGGCGCUGGGUUCACCUGGACACGGAGAUCACCAACAGCAGCGGCCGAAUCACGUACAGUGUGCCGCGGCCCCGGCGCCUGGGGGUCGGCGUCUACCCCGUGAAGAUGGUCGUCAGGGGCGACCAGACCUGCGCGAUGAGCUACCUCACGGUGCUGCCCCGGGGCAUGGAGUGCGUGGUGUUCAGCAUCGAUGGCUCCUUUGCAGCCAGUGUCUCCAUCAUGGGAAGUGACCCCAAGGUCCGGCCAGGGGCAGUGGACGUUGUCCGGCACUGGCAGGACCUGGGCUACAUGAUCCUCUACAUCACGGGGCGGCCGGACAUGCAGAAGCAGCGGGUGGUGUCGUGGCUGUCCCAGCACAACUUCCCACAGGGCAUGAUCUUCUUCUCGGACGGGCUGGUGCAUGACCCACUGCGGCAGAAGGCCAUCUUCCUGCGCAACCUCAUGCAGGAGUGCUUCAUCAAAAUCAGCGCAGCCUAUGGCUCCACCAAGGACAUCUCUGUCUACAGCAUGCUGGGCCUGCCACCUUCCCAGAUCUUCAUUGUGGGCCGGCCCACCAAGAAGUACCAAACCCAGUGCCAGUUCCUGAGCGAGGGCUACGCCGCGCACCUGGCCGCGCUGGAGGCCGGCCACCGCUCCCGGCCCAAGAAGACCAGCUCGCGCAUGAUGCUGCGGAAGGGCAGCUUCGGCCUCCACGCGCAGCCCGAGUUCCUGCGCAAGCGCAACCACCUGCGCCGGACCAUGUCGGUGCAGCAGCCCGAGCCGCCCGCCAACCCCAAGCCCGAGCGGGCCCAGAGUCAGCCCGAGUCCGACAAGGACCACGAGCGGCCCCUGCCCGCGCUCAGCUGGGCGCGCGGGCCCCCCAAGUUCGAGUCGGUGCCCUGAGGGCUAGGCUGUGCGCAGAGCAGGGGUGGGGGCGCCCACCGGGCUGCCUGCGGGGACGGGAGGGGCUGCCUUCUCCCGGCAGACACAGGUCUUUUCCUGCUCCUUCCCUCCCGUGUCUGUCCAGCAGUGUCGGAUCAGCUGGGGGGGUGGGACCCUGCCCGGCCUUGGGGGGGCUCCCUGGGCCGCGAGGGGGUGAGAUCCAGGAGUCUCAGUGCAGCUGCGGCUGCUCCCCCGCGCCUGCAACACAAGCCCCAGUCGCGGCUGAUGUUUGUGUAAUCCUGGGCGCAGGCCUGCCGGGGCUAGAGUGUUUGGCCAUCUUUCUGAGCUGCCGAGGCGAAGCUAGGCAGGCCCUAAAGGCAGAAGCCCCCAGUCCGGGGAUCAGCAGCCGCUGACAGGUACAGCAUCUCGGCCGGCUGCUGGAGGGGUGAGUGGCAUUUGUGCCCACCCUCCCUGUGGCAUCCUGGGUCACCAUCUUGGGCCUGGCUCUCCUAUGGCAAAGUGGCCACUUUCUGGGAGUGAGAGGAUGUCCCUGGGCUCAUCCUGUGUCAGCUGUCUGUCCAUGGCCCUUGGGGGGCGGGGUCUGGUGCUGACGGUCUGUCCUCCUGAAGCUGUCCAUUGUCCCCCCCUUUCUUGUCCUCACCUUUCACCUAUGGCCCUUGAGGACGGUCAUUCCUCUCCCUAGAGUCCUGCCUGGUGCCCUCCCCUGUGAGGCUGUGGCCCUGGGCUCUGGCUUUGCUGGGCUGGCUGUGAGCCCUUGAGCUGGUUGCUUGCCCUCUCUGGGCCCUGCCUUCCUUAUGUAGUUGGAGGGUCUCCCCAGCUGAGAUGGGUGUGAGAUUUUGAUUCCUAGGCUGUCCUGCAUUUCUGCCCUCUGAGACUUUUCAGGCCUACGAGCCCCUCAGAGCGCCCAGUGAUCUAUACCCUCCAUGCAGGCUGAGAGAGGGGCUUUGAGGGGCCAGUAGGGAGCUACGAUCUCCCCACAACUUCAAAGGAAGUCCUUCUAUGAGGGUUGCUGGGAUCCCUGCUCCACGGAAAGGUUUGCUUUGCACUGAUGCCCCAGGGACAGACAUCCCCCCAGAGGGCACUGAUCUGGCUACCCUGCCCCUGCUCUGCUCAGAGUGAUUUCUCCCUUUGGCUCCUGGAAGGCACACAGCUGAGAUCCCAGAGCUCCUGGGGUUCAUGUAAUUUUGGCUCAAACUGUUUUCUUCCCUUCCCUUCCCCCCUGCCACUCAGCUUGGUUUAGUGCCCAUCACCUCCUCUUGGGUCAUCCCCUGGGGCUGGCAGGGCUUGGCUCUCCUGGGGGCCCCUCAGAUUCUGCCCAGGCCUUCCUGCUGCUGAGCCCCUGGCCUGGGGAUUGGUCUCCUGCACUCCCCCCAUUCCCUGGCCCAGACCCGCAGCCGCCGCGUGUGGGGCUGCCUAGCGGCUUCUGAGGCCCUGCGGCUUGUCACUAGGCUGGUCCAGCUGUUUCAGUCAGGGCUGUGUCAGGGGCCGGGCUGCCCCAGGGCCCAGACGUCUGUGUACACAGCAGGCACCUGUGUCAGCUCAGUGUCGCUUCUGCUCAGUGUCUACCUCUUGCAGCUCCCAUGUGGCCAAUGUCCUUCCCGAUGGCGGCUGCUGGUCGGGGCGGCUGAUGCCGCCGCUGCCUUGAAUCACCGGGCAAACUCGGUGCCCUGCUGGGGCUGGAGGGAUCCGGGCUCCCCGCCCCCACCCCUGCUCUCUACUAGAACUGUGUCUUCUGCAGUCUGCCAGCUCCUGCCACAUCCACGCCACCUGUCUGCCAGCUCUCUGCCCCACUUCUGGCACUGCAUCUGCACCCAGGCCCAGAGCUGCUGGCAAGUCUGUUGGGAUGGGGUGAUCACCCUCAGCUUCCUCUCUGGUCCUGCCUCCUGGCAGUUCACAAUGGGCCCAUCCCUCCUUCAGCAUUUCCUCCUCCUGGCUUUCCAUUAGGCACCAGUUCUUACAGCAUCGUCACCUCAGCUCCAAUCCUGCCCCUCCUUUCCAAAAUACACCCUGGGGCUGACUAAGUCUGAUUCUCUGAAACUCCAGCUCCUUUUUGCAGAAACCACUGAUGCAUCACUCUUGAAUGCUGAAAUAAUUAACACGAGAUGCUUCUCCCCCAGUUAGAGUCCCUCUGCCCUUUCUGAGAACUGCAGGUUAGGAGAAAGAGAGCAUGUGGGGACCCUGGGGACUGUGGAGACUCGGGGAAGCAGGGUUCUGAUGUUGUGGGGGUUGGAGCUGGGACGUGGGCCCCAGCAGGAGAACCUCCACCCUUUCCCUUCUGGAGCUCUGGAUUGGGGCUCUGAUGACUUGCUCCUGAGAUGCUGAAGGUGUACAGCGAGGUAUUGUGAACACCACGCCCUGGGAGCUUGGGUUGGGUUGUGUGUGUAUGUAUGUGUGUGUGUGUGUGUGUACCUGGGGGUUCUGUACACUGUGUGUGUGUGUGUGUGUGUGUGUGUGUUUACCUGGGGGUUCUGUACAGAGAUCAGACUCAGACAACUUGUGUCUGCAUUCACAGCAACUCUGUAACCAAUAUGCACUUUCUCUGCUAGUGGUUUGUUUGAUUUUGUCCGUCCAGUUAAGUUGGAGAAAAACAAAGAACCAACUUGUGGUGUUCUCCGAAGGGGGUGCUGCUGCCCCUCCCCGAGUAGUUCUGUGGCCCUCAAUCUGGCUGUUUUCUAGAGAAUCCUUCCAGCUCCCGUGGGUCUGCUCCGCAGGAGCUGGAAGACAGAUCUUCCUGCCUGACCAAAGCUCCUUGUUUCUCUCGUGGCAUGUUUGUUUUUCCCAAUCUGGUGGCUGUCCCGACGGAGGGCCCGCCUGCCUGCUGCCUUCCCCUACCUUCGCCCUGUUGGGGUUCAGGGUGCAUCUGUAGCCAGGGCCGCCUCUUCUGGCCUUGUGGCAUUUUUCUAAAGAUCUUGAUGCCUCUCUUAAGCUCCGCAACAGAUACGUUUAAAAAAAAAAAAAAAAAAGUAAGACUCACGCAUGUGGAUGAACGGCCCUCCAGUCUGGGUGCUGGGCCACAGAAAGCAACCCUGUGUGAACCCCAGUAUUGCUGACAUUACUGGGGGGGCUCUCUGAAAGAGGGGAGGCUGGAUCUCAUGGUUUUUAAACAGUACUCUGACCACUUUGGAGCCCAUGCCCAUGCCCCGGAAAUGUCCUGCACAUAAAAUGGGUCCCGAGGUGGCGCUGGUUUUGCGGGGACACUGUCCCCCCAGCCCAGGUGCAGCCCCGCCCGGGAGGGGCGCCCUACCUGCGGAGCCUCGCAGCUUGACUGCGCCUUAAAUAACCACCUUUCCUGCCAAAUCCCCGGGGGUUUGGGUGCCAAGUGCUCUGGAAAACUAUUCUCUAUGGCUCAGCCAAAAGACACCUCCCCUCCCCUCCCUCUGUCCCCCCAGGGCUUGGGGGAACGUUCUUAAAAAUCCUAAGGAGGGUUAAGUCCAAGCAGUGAGGCCUGGCCAGGGUCCUUGUCUCCUGGCUGAGAAACCAGCAGGGUGGUUGGGAGAAAAAAUCAAGAGUGUGACCCUAGCCUCCUCAGCAGGUGACACCAAGGAGGGGUGGAACAGGAGGGCGGCCCGCUCACGAGGACUCCCACCCUCAGACCCCGCUGUCCUUUUCCAUUUGUUUUCUCGGUGGUGGCAGCCUGUCUGGUCCUGUCUGUCUGACUGUUCCUAAGUGUGUAACUCUCAGUAUUAUUUGUGGUGGAUGGUUCUGUGGUGAAAAAGGUUUAUUAUCUUUCUCAUGGCUGCCUUGUACAAAAUCCGUUAGAGGAGAAAAUGUAAAAAUAUCAGGUUUCUAACAAGACAAACACAGCAUUAUGGAGUUAAAGAUUUUUACAACUGGUCUUGAUUUUGAUGUGAGCUGGUUUUUAACUCUCAAACGUUGUCACUUAAAUAAAAACCUUA